ACCUCCACAACUGUAUAAAACGACAGCGUCAUCCGACACACGUCGCACAUGACAUCAACUUGCAUCCAGGCCAUUCUCGCAGCCUCUCAUUCCUGCUUCUGCCUCGCAUUUGGCACUCAUGGCUUCUCAGGUUCUCUCGAUGUUAAGCGAUGCAGCCACUCCACUGCAAUUCGCAAUGCUAAACCAGCGGCUCACACAGCUCUCGGAGGUUGUGGGCGUUCCCGUGGACCAACUACGCUGCGUCGCUUGCCUGCUGGCCGUCUACCCGUUGGCAAUUGUGGUCCGCAAGCUGCCGUCCAUCACGGCCAAACAUUGGCUGCACAUUUGCGCUGGUGUGAGCAUCGCCCAGUUCGUCUAUGGAACAGGAUGGCUACAUUCGCUACUGUCCUCGCUUGUCACGUACGCGUUGGUGUGUGUACUGCCUCCCAAGCGCGCACCAUUCGUGGUGUUUCUCGCCAAUAUGUUGUUCGUGGCGGCGUUGCAUAUCCACCGCAUGCGAGUCAACUAUAUGGGCUGGAGUAUGGACUCAACGGCGAGUCAGAUGCUGCUGCUCAUCAAGCUCACGAGCUUCGCCUUCAACUACCACGACGGUGUCGUUCCCAGUGCCACAGCAGUGCAGGACGGCGACUCGGAGCACACUAAAAGAGUGAAAAACUCGCGUAAGCAACUGGCGAUCCCACAGAUCCCGUCGCUGUUGGAGUUUCUGGGCUUCGUCUACUGCUUUACGACGUUCCUGGCCGGUCCGGCGUUCGAGUACAAAGAGUACAGUGACGCGAUUCACCAGACCCGGUUUGUGGACAAGAACGGUGUCCGACGUAAUGUGUCCCCUGCGCGUGCAGCGCUGUCCAAGUUACUGCUGGGUCUUGGACUUAUGGGACUCUUAGUGCAGUUCGGAGCACUGGCGGACUUGAACGAGAUUCUGAGCGAUGAAAACCAGAGUAUGCUCAUGAAGUGGGGGCGUCUGUUUGUCGCCUUGUUCUUGACUCGUGCCAAGUAUUACGUGGCGUGGAAACUGGCCGAGGGAGCGACUGUGCUAACAGGCACUGGAUUCGAAGGAUUCGACGAGCAGAACAACCCCAAGGGCUGGGACGGCGUCAGUAAUGUGGACAUCUUGGGCUUCGAACUUGGCGCCAAUGUCCGUGAGAUCUCACGUGCUUGGAAUAAAGGCACGCAGAACUGGCUGGAGCGUUAUGUAUAUACCCGCACGGGUAACUCGCUGCUGGCUACGUACUCUGUGUCGGCUCUGUGGCACGGGUUCUACCCGGGUUACUAUCUGUUCUUCCUCACUGUGCCGCUUGCUACGUCUGUGAACCGCCUGGCUCGACGUCACGUGCGCCCGUACGUUGUGGACAGCCCGAUCAAGCCGCUCUACGACCUCGUCGGUAUGAUCUGUACGGCUAUGGUUGUAAACUACCUGGCCGUCUCGUUCGUAGUGCUGUCGUGGGAAGACGCGGUUGCAGGCUUCCGCUCCAUGCGCUUCGCUGGCCACGUCGGCCUCGUGGUCUGCUAUUUGCUGCUUACCUUCGUGCCGAUCAAGAAGACCGCGCACAGCAAGAAGACUGUGUGAAGAUCUAGUGACUGUCCAUAUGUUAUGAAGACGACCCAAUUGGAUAUAUGAUGGAAACUAAAGUAUCGUAACACGAUAUUCAAUUGGAUGGAUUUUAUGGUAUUUUAUCGAGAUCCUUAGCCGGAGUAAAGUGCAUACCCACUGUCGUGGUUCCUGAACGUGUUGUCCCUUGAUGCCAGGUACGUGACGCGGCAUUCAGGCGGUUGUGGCGACCAAAUGCCUUGGUUCGUGCAGCGAAGUGUUCCCGAUCCCUUCAUGUUCGUGCCUUUCAUGCACGAAUAUGUUGCCGUCGAACCCGGAGUCGUGUUUGAGAAUUUCACGGAGCCUUGAUAAAUCGACGGUGGGGCACUGCAGUCGUACUUGGGGACGCUGGCACUUCCACGAAGAUUGGCUGCCUCGACCGGGGCACAGAUUGUGGCUGCCACCGCCACUGCGAUGGUCACGACGCGAAGAAGUGGCAGCAUCGAGAUGAAGCGAUGGCUUGUCGACAAAGGAAAAUCGUUUGUGCAGUUCAGGGAGACUCGACGGCAAUACAUUUCCCUAAAUUACGUAUUCGUCUCGAGGUUCUUAUCCGCUUUGGAGUUGGGACGAAGGAAGAGAUUCUGGAGGACUGUUAUCUGGUUCAGGGGUUCUAUUUUUUUAAGUGGUAAGAAACAUUACAGUUGUAACCUAGCACGGAUGAGUAGAAUAUAUAGAUUGUCAGAAGUUUGACGGAGUGAGCACGAUACUGUGCUCGAAAUGGCGAUUUUCAGGGUCCUUGGGUGGUGGCUGGUUACUGCGGCUCUGAGCUCGAAAGAUUGCAAUCGUCACGACCAAAAUGGUGCCUAUGACGAUGAUAAUUGCGAUCAUUGCUGUAGCUGAAAUGCCAACAGACGCGAUGGUCGUGAGGCUGGACUCUGUUGAAGCCUGAAGCGCGGUUUGCGUCACUGUAGCACAUGGUGUCUCGGCAGGUUGAGCAGAAGUUGAUGUUGCGAACACUGGAGCAGUCGGAGCUUCAGUUGAGACCGGCGUUGUAGCUGGAGGAUAUGAAAUAUCUAAUGGUUGUUGAUAGUCCUGGUCUUCUUGCUGCUGAUAAGAAGUCUGAAAAGUAGGGACUGGUGCUUCGGUCGUUGAUUCUUCUGUUGAAGGGGUCUCGGUUGGCAGUGUUUCUAUCGUAGGUGCUUCACUUGUUGGUGUCUCAAUGAUCGGUACCUCUGUGGUUGGUCUGUCCGUGCAUGGCGUCUCCGUUGUCGGUGACUCGGUCGUGACUGGUUGAGUAGUAUAAGGAAUGUCCUCUGUGGUCGUUGGUAUUUCUGUCGAAGUGAUCUUGGUAGGCAGUGUCUGUAGUGUUGGUGCCUCACUUGUUGCUGUCGAAACAUCUGUGGCCGGUUCUUCCGGGCAUGGCGUCUCCGUUGCCGGCGACUCGGUCGUGGUUGGUUGAGUGUUGUUAGGAGUAUCCUCGGUGGGGGCCGUUGUUUGGGCUAACGGCACUAUUGGAGCCGA